AUGCCAGAAAGGUCUCCAGACAGAUAUGGCAUAAAUUCUGAAAGAUUUAUUUAUGCUGAUAUCAUGAAUCCAAUUUCUUCAACUGGUCAAAUUAUGGAAUCUUUAGCUAAUGACCUUUAUAAAAAACGGAUAAAUAAAUUUUCAGCAAAGCCUAUACAAUCGAAAAAAAAAAUUAAACCAGACUUGGAUAAAGAUCUAGCUGAUCACAUGAAUAAGUUGUCAAUAAAUCAGGCUAUAGCAAAAGGUAUUGAGGCAG